AUGCCUAGCCAUCGGCGCCUUUGGGAGCCGUUGCUCCUCGCGACGCGCCCGCGACAAGCCUCACGAUGCUCGGCUCGUGCCGUGUCGCUCCCGCAGCCCCGACUUCUUUCCACGACCCGCUCCCUUCGGCUUGCCGAAUUACGAAGCGCCGCCGAACUCCCAAGUCGGACUGUGCCGCGCUAUCUACAGAGCACGAAGCCGGGCUCUUCCCUCCUGUCGCUCAAGUGGCCGCGUCCGCCCCGGAACCUGCUCUUGGUUCAGAAGCUGUACGCCCCAGACGUGUCCGAAUCCGUCUUCAAGUUUGCAAGGUACAUCCGCGGCGAGUAUCCCGAUGUCAACAUCAUCGUUGAGCCCCGGAUCGCCGACUCGAUUGAAGACCAGCUCAACUUCCCCGUUUACGUGUCCGACACUCGAUCCAACAUCGCCGACAAGGUCGACGUAAUCGCCACCUUUGGCGGAGACGGGACGGUCUUGAGAGCCGCCAGCCUCUUCAAGCUGCACGGCUCCGUUCCUCCGAUCCUGUCCUUCAGCAUGGGGACUCUGGGCUUCCUCGGCGAGUGGAGCUUCAGCGAGCACAAGAAGGCUUGGAGGGAGAUGUACAUGAGUGGAAGCGGCGUGGCCGUGCAGGACGCUGCCGUGCCUCGUGGCGACUGGGACACUGUUGGUGAGGACGCUGCCUCGUCCUCUCUCGUCGGGUGGGAUCACAUGAAAGGUAAAAGCUUAGGAAUCAGUAGGGCGUCCAAGGUUCUGCUUCGCCAUCGCAUCAAGGCCGACAUCUUUGACCGUUCGGGCAACAACAUCAACAAUCGGGUAUCAGACACCCUCGCGAGCCACUCCAAGUCUGGCAUCGCCGGCACCAAGGAGGAAUCGCCCUCACUUCGCGCAAUCAAUGAGAUCUCUGUUCACAGAGGCUCGCACCCUCACCUGGCAAUCAUUGACAUUUAUCAGAACGGCCACUUCCUCACGGAGACCACGGCGGACGGCAUCCUGGUCAGCACACCUACAGGCUCGACUGCUUACAGCCUCAGUGCUGGCGGCCCCAUCGUGCACCCGCUCGUCAAGUCGCUGCUCAUCACCCCCAUAAGCCCUUGCAGCCUAAGCUUUCGGUCGCUGGUGCUGCCGCUGGAUACCAGAGUGUGCCUUCGCAUGAGCCCCAAAAACAGGGGCCGAGAGCUGGACCUGAACAUUGAUGGAAAGCGGUGCGCCGGCGUCUCGCCGGGAUCCGAGAUUCGCAUCGAGGGUGAGUUUGUCGGGCGGGCCGGACCCGGCGAGGAAUGGCAUGGAGGUGUCCCAUGCAUCAUCAGGGCUGAGGAUGACGAUCCUUGGGUCGGUGGCUUGAACGGCCUGCUCAAAUUCAACCACCCAUUCGGCAGAGAGCCGCCCAGCGAUGAGUAUGCCGACUGA